GCUGAGAUGUUGGAGGGGCGUCUAGCGCGCAUGUGCGAAGGUGUCCAAACUGACAAUGCUGGAGAGAUAGCGAGCGUGGAUUGAGAGAAAGGGAGAGAGGGAGGGAGAGUGAGGGAAAGACAGAAAGAGAGUGUGUGGAAGAGUGUGUGUGUGUGUGUGUGUGUGUGUGAGAGAGAGAGAGAGAGAGAGAAAGAGGAGAGGAGAGGAGAGGAGAGAGAGGGGGAGAGAGAGAGAGAGAAGAGAGGCGAAGAGGGAGGGAGCGAGAGAGAGAAAAAGAAGGAAAAGAUCCAAGAAAAAAAAAACCCAACCACACACCAGCGGCUGCAGGACUGGGCACAGCAUGAGAUCCAAAGGCAGGGCAAGGAAACUGGCCACAAGUAAUGAGUGUGUUUACAGCAACUCCCCAGAAGUACCUGUGGAAGCCAUGCCAGACGCCGACGGAGCAGGCAGCACGGCCUCCCUCAGUGUUGCGGAGCCGUGUUCGCCAGCCACGUCCAGCGAGGCCUUCACUCCGCGGGACGGCUCUCCUUACAAAGCUCCCAUCUACAUCCCUGAUGACAUCCCCAUUCCUGCUGAGUUUGAACUCCGAGAGUCAAACAUGCCAGGAGCGGGCCUAGGAAUAUGGACCAAAAGGAAGAUUGAAGUAGGUGAAAAGUUCGGGCCUUAUGUGGGAGAGCAAAGGUCAAAUCUGAAAGAUCCCAGCUACGGAUGGGAGAUCUUGGAUGAGUUUUGCAAUGUGAAGUUCUGCAUAGACGCCAGUCAAGCAGAUGUGGGAAGCUGGCUCAAGUACAUCAGGUUCGCCGGCUGUCAGGACCAGCACAACCUCGUUGCAUGCCAGGUAGAUGACCAGAUCUUCUACAGAGCGGUGGUAGAGAUUGCGCCCGGAGAGGAGCUGCUGCUGUUCAUGAAGAGUGAAGACUACUCCCAUGAGGCCAUGGCCCCGGACAUCCAUGAGGAGCGGCAGUAUCGUUGUGAGGACUGCGAUCAGCUCUUUGAAUCCAAGGCUGAACUAGCAGAUCACCAAAAAUUCCCAUGCAGCACACCUCACUCUGCGUUCUCCAUGGUGGAAGAGGACUUCCAACAAAAGCUUGAAAGUGACAAUGACCUCCGAGAGAUACAUGCCAUCCAGGAGUGUAAGGAAUGUGACCAAGUUUUUCCUGAUUUGCAAAGCCUGGAGAAACACAUGCUGUCCCAUUCGGAAGAGAGGGAAUACAAGUGUGACCAGUGCCCCAAGGCGUUCAACUGGAAGUCCAAUCUGAUUCGCCACCAGAUGUCCCAUGACAGUGGGAAGCACUAUGAAUGUGAAAACUGUGCCAAGGUUUUCACGGACCCUAGCAACCUGCAGCGGCACAUUCGCUCUCAGCAUGUCGGUGCCCGGGCCCACGCGUGCCCGGAGUGUGGCAAAACCUUUGCCACGUCGUCAGGCCUCAAACAGCACAAGCACAUCCACAGCAGUGUGAAGCCGUUCAUCUGUGAGGUCUGCCAUAAAUCCUAUACUCAGUUUUCCAACCUUUGUCGUCAUAAGCGCAUGCAUGCUGAUUGCAGAACCCAAAUCAAGUGCAAGGACUGUGGACAAAUGUUCAGCACUACGUCUUCCUUAAAUAAACACAGGAGGUUUUGUGAGGGCAAGAACCAUUUUGCGGCAGGUGGAUUUUUUGGCCAAAGCAUUUCACUUCCUGGAACCCCAGCUAUGGAUAAAACGGCCAUGGUUAAUAUGAGUCAUGCCAACCCGGGCCUUGCUGACUAUUUUGGCGCCAAUAGGCAUCCUGCUGGUCUUACCUUUCCAACAGCUCCCGGAUUCUCCUUUAGCUUCCCUGGUCUGUUUCCUUCCGGCUUGUACCACAGGCCUCCUUUGAUACCUGCUAGUUCUCCUGUUAAAGGACUGUCAAGUACUGAACAGACAAACACAAGCCCAAGUCCCCUCCUGACCCAUCCUCAGAUACUGCCAGCCACACAGGAUAUUUUGAAGGCACUAUCUAAGCACCCGCCGGGAGGGGACAGUCAGCCAGUGGAGCUCCAGGCCGAGAGGUCCUCUGAAGAGAGACCCCUUGAGAAACUCAGUGACCAGUCAGAGAGUAGUGACCUUGACGAUGUCAGCACGCCAAGUGGCAGUGACCUGGAAACCACCUCGGGCUCUGAGCUGGACAGUGACAUUGAAAGUGAUAAAGAGAAAUUUAAAGAAAAUGGUAAAAUGUUCAAAGACAAAGUAAGCCCUCUUCAGAAUCUGGCUUCAAUAAAUAAUAAGAAAGAAUACAGCAAUCAUUCCAUUUUCUCACCAUCUUUAGAGGAGCAAACUGCGGUGUCAGGAGCUGUGAAUGAUUCUAUAAAGGCUAUUGCUUCUAUUGCUGAAAAAUACUUUGGUUCAACAGGACUGGUGGGGCUGCAAGACAAAAAAGUCGGAGCUUUACCUUACCCUUCCAUGUUUCCCCUCCCGUUUUUUCCAGCAUUCUCUCAAUCAAUGUACCCAUUUCCUGAUAGAGACUUGAGAUCGUUACCUUUGAAAGUGGAACCCCAAUCACCAAAUGAAGUAAAGAAACUACAGAAAGGAGGCUCAGAGUCCCCUUUUGAUCUCACCACUAAACGAAAGGAUGACAAGCCCCAGACGCCAGUCCCCUCCAAGCCUUCUGCAGCGGCCGCCACAGGCCAAGACCAGCCCCUGGACCUAAGCAUGGGCAGUAGGAGUAGAGCCAGUGGCACAAAGGUGGCUGAGCCUCGGAAAAACCAUGUGUUUGGGGAAAAGAGAGGAAGCAAUGUAGAACCAAGAUCAGCUUCAGAUGGCUCCUUGCAGCACGCGAGGCCCACUCCUUUCUUUAUGGAUCCUAUUUACAGAGUAGAGAAAAGAAAGCUCACCGACCCUCUGGAAGCUUUAAAAGAGAAAUACUUGAGACCUGCGCCGGGGUUCUUGUUUCACCCGCAAUUCCAACUGCCUGAUCGGAGAACUUGGAUGUCAGCCAUUGAGAACAUGGCAGAAAAGCUCGAGAGCUUCAGUGCCCUGAAGCCCGAUGCCAGCGAGCUUCUGCAGUCCAUGCCAUCCAUGUUCAACUUCAGAGCGCCGCCCAGUGCCCUGCCCGAGAGCCUCCUGCGCAAGGGGAAGGAGCGCUACACCUGCAGAUACUGUGGCAAGAUUUUUCCAAGGUCUGCAAACCUCACCCGGCACUUGCGAACCCACACAGGAGAGCAGCCGUACAGAUGCAAAUACUGUGACCGCUCCUUCAGCAUCUCCUCUAACUUGCAGCGCCACGUGCGCAACAUCCACAACAAGGAGAAGCCCUUCAAGUGUCACCUGUGCGACAGAUGCUUUGGCCAGCAAACCAACUUAGACAGACACCUCAAAAAGCACGAGAAUGGGAACAUGUCCGGUACAGCCACAUCCUCGCCUCAUUCUGAACUGGAAAGUACAGGUGCCAUUCUGGAUGAUAAAGAAGAUGCCUACUUCACGGAAAUCCGGAAUUUCAUUGGGAACAGCAACCAUGGCCGCCAGUCUCCCAGGAAUGCUGACGAGAGAAUGAACGGCAGUCACUUUAAGGAUGAGAAGGCUUUGGUGGCCAGCCAGCACUCAGACCUACUGGAUGACGAAGAAGUGGAAGACGAGGUGUUGCUGGAUGAAGAGGAUGAAGACAAUGAUAUGACUGGGAAAACAGGAAAGGAGCCAGGGACAAGCAUGUUACAUGAAGGAAAUCCUGAAGAUGACUGUGAGGACAGCAGUGCCCUGGAGAUGAGCUGCAAGGCGUCCCCAGGGAGGUAUAAAGAGGAAGAAUAUAAAAGUGGACUUUCUGCUCUAGAUCAUAUAAGGCACUUCACAGAUAGCCUCAAAAUGAGGCAGAUGGAAGAUAAUCCAUACACUGAAGCUGAGCUGUCUGCUUUUAGUACCUCCCAUGUGCCAGAGGAACUUAAACAGCCGUUACCCAGAAAGUCCAAAUCACAGGCAUAUGCUAUGAUGCUGUCAUUGCCCGACAAGGAGUCCCUCCAUUCUCCAUCCCACAGUUCUUCCAACGUGUGGCACAGCAUGGCAAGGGCGGCGGCAGAAUCCAGUGCCAUCCAGUCCAUGAGCCACGUAUGACGUUACCGAGGUGGAGCCGAGUGGGACCAAGUCCAAGAGUAGCGUGGAGCUCCUUCCUGUAGCACUCUUUCCAAGACUGCAGAGCAGAAUGCCUUAUGAACCUGAGGGGUCACUCGUCCAAAGUCUGGGGACCUUAAACUGAAUGAUUAAAAAGAUAAAGAAAAAAGGAAACUAUUUAUUCUCGAUAUUUUGUUUUGCACAGCAAAGGCAGCUGCUGACUUCUGGAGCAUCAAUGUGACUUCAAGUGAUUCAAGGAAAAUGGAAAUCUUGCCAGGCAGAGAGCAUCUUCCCUUCGCCGCAGCCGAGCGUGUGGGUGGGUGAGUGGCGAAGUGGGUUGGCUGCCUGGCUAGCAGCGAACGCUCCCAGGGAACGGAACUCUUGCUUUGUGCAAGAUCACCUGAUAUGAUUGGGAACAGUUGCUUUUAAUUAGAGAUGAGUUUUUCUUUGUUAAAGUUUUGUGUAAUUUAACGCUUUGAAGAUGGAAGUAGUUGGAGGAAAUGCACACUCGAUGAUUCCAGAAGCUGGUCGCAGGGCGUACUCACUCCCCUCCUUCUGCCUCUGUAAGGACAUUGUGUAAGACUAGGGACGAAAGGGCAUGUGUAUAUUUGGAACUCUGGAUGCGCAUGCUCAAGAGGUGAAGGCAGUGAAGGGACCCGUUUCUCACCAGACCGCUGUACCACUAAUCAAACGUUUGCCAAAUCCUUGUAAUGACAUCUUAAUUUUAGACAAUCAUGUCACUGUUUUUUAAUGUUUAAUCUUUUUGUCGCGUGUAUCCUGUAUUUAUUUGUUGGCAAACUCUUGUUUGUUGAUUCCAGUAGCACUGUUCCCGUCAGCCACUACUCUGACGUCCGCGGCACGCAGUCAGCGCUGCAAGGACCAAGGUGACUGCGUGUGGGAGUGCCGGCAGCGUUGGGCUUUCCUUAAUAUUCCUUAUGUUGUUGUUUUCUUUUCUUUCUUAAUGAACUAAAUACGAAUAGAUGCGACUUAGUUUUUGUAAUACUGAAAUCAAUCCAAUUGUAUAAACGAUUAUCAUUUCAUGAAAGCAUGACUUCUGAUCACAGGCUGUACCCAGGUUUUCUGCUGGUCGUUUGCACGAUUGUGCGAUGUUAUGUUCAUGUAUAUCCUAUUUGUAAAAUGAAGUGUUCCCCACCUUACGUUAAAAUUGAGAAGUAAAUAACAGUGUAUUCAGUCGUUUUGUUUGGCUUUUUCUUUUGCCCUUUAUUAAAGAACCAGAUUUCGUUUUCUGUUUGUUUGUAAUCUCGUUUUGAAAUAAUCAGCAAGUUGAGGUACUUUCUUCAAAUGCUUUGUACAAUAUCAACUGUUAUGCCUUUCAGUGCGUUACUACGGGAGGAGCAACUAAAAAAUAAAGACUUA